AUGUCCGACGACGAGGGUAUUUCCAUCUACGAUGAGGUCGAGAUCGAGGAUAUGACUUUUGACGAGGCUAUGGGGGUUUACCAGUUCCCAUGUCCUUGUGGCGACAAGUUUCAAAUCACACUCGAGGAUUUGCUGGACGAGCAGGAUAUUGCCGUAUGUCCUAGUUGCAGUCUCAUGAUCCGGGUUAUUUUUGAUCUGGAUGACCUACCAAAACCUCCCACUUCAGGCACCUCGGGCGGACAGGUUCCUAUAGCCGCUUGA